GCCAGAGAAACUGCCUUGGAACAGCGGGAACAUUAAUGACUCUGCCCAGCGCCAAAACAGUACGGGAGCCCACAAAAAGGACGCGUGGCCUGCGGCCCCAACCCACGGUAAGAGAAUACGAUGCAAAGCAAUGAGUACACCAGCGAGGAGCUGACGACUCUGGCGCAGCAAAAGAUUGAUCUCGGCCAGAAGCUACUGGCCGACCUGGCGCCUCGCGAUGCGAUCGAGGGUGUGAAAAAGAUACGGAAGAAAAUUAGCCAGGAACUGAAGUUUCUGAACCGCGUCAAGGCCAGCGGGACGGUGACAAUCAACCACAUCCUCUGCAGCAAUCUGACUCACUUCGGGUGUUUGGUCGAGUGUUUGCUCGCAAGUUCCGACGUGAAGCACGUUGACUAUCCGCUACCGAUCGAGGACCGUGCCUGCCCGCUGCGGGUGGACAUCGUGUGCGACGGUGGUGCCACGUGGGUCAAGGUGAUUGCCCGCAACCCCAAGUCACUGAGCGAUGCCGUUUACGGGCGCACGAGCUAUGGUUCGAAAUCGAUUCUCGAACAAGCGCAAGAGUUCCUGCAAGCGGCCAGCGCCUUCCCGUACAUGUUCCGCCCGCCCACGGUGGUGUUUCGCUUCCUGAGCCGCCUAGACGACGAGCUGAUCGAGGAGCUGCAGCGCACCGGUAUCCGGGUGGUGAUCGUAGCGGAUGAAACAAGGUCCCCGACCGAGGACCAACGGCCACCGGAAGCGACCGGCUCGGACUGGCAAGAGGAAAUUCGGCUGCUAAAUGUCGACGUCACCACCCUGAUCGCUUACUGCAGCGCGAUGACCAACGGAUCGGCCCGCUGGGAGUUCAAGCAACCGUUGCUCACCGAGCAGGCUCGCUGGGAGCGGGGCAAACCGGUCAAACCGAUCCUGGAGCAGGUGUUCGCCGGGCGGCGAUUGAUUUGCUGCCAAACGGCGUACGACUCGUUUCACGACAUUCUCACGAUCCUGGGCGGCGAGCAGGAGAAGGAUCGGGCCCGGGAACUCUUCACGCGCAUCCAAAUACUGCCCGACGUGCCGCUCGAGCAGGCCCCGAAGGAGCUGCAGGCGCUGAAGUUGGGCGGCAAGAUACGGCCGCGCAGCCUGCAGGUGUUCGCGUUCGGGCUGUACCACCGCGCUGUGACCGUCACGUCGAACGAGGGGUUUACGCGGGCGGCCAAAAUGCAGGGCCUCGAAGUGCCGGUAUUCCUGCACGAUGCGCGGGCCCUCACGGAGGACAAGGAACGCACUGGCAGGCCGCUGCCGGAGGACGGGUCAGAAACAGCAUGACCCGGAAGGAAACCAAACGGAGCAUCGAUGCAAUAAUUUAUGUUACACUCUAAACGAAUCAAAAGCUUAAACACGAACAAAUAAAC